AUGUUGAAACGAAUUCCAAAUCUGAUUAAAUGGGGGAUCAUUGGGACCACAGUGCUAUCCACUUCAUUUAUAGCUUAUAAAUAUGGAAAAUCAACAAUUUUAAAAAACCCACCAGAAAAUUUAUUCCCAAAAUCUUCAAUUACUAAAUUAGAAAAAUUGGACGCACCCAAAUACAUUGAUGCAAAAGAUAUACCGAGUGUUAUUGACUUAAUUAAACAGGAGAUUGAUAAUGUCGAAGUUAAAAAUGACCAACCUGAAAUUGAUCAUCAUACUGGUAAUGAAUUUACUACACAUAAACCCUUAAUUCAUGAAAAACCAAUUUACAUUAUUUAUCCAAAAUCAACUAAGGAAGUUUCAACAAUUUUAAAAAUAUGUAAUGAGUUUAAAGUACCUGUUGUGCCGUUUUCUGGUGGUUCUAGCUUAGAAGGACAUUUCCAUUCAACUAGAAAAGGUAUAGUUGUAGAUACAUCCAAAAUGAAUAAAAUUUUAGAAAUUAAUGAUGAUGAUUUAGAUGUAAAAGUUCAAGCUGGUGUUAAUUGGCAAGAUUUGAAUCAAAUUUUGGAACCGUGUGGAUUGUUAUUUGGUACUGAUUGUGGACCACUGGGUAGAAUUGGAGGUAUGAUAGCUACAAAUGCAAGUGGUAUACUAGCUAGUAGGUAUGCAUCAACUGCAUUCAAUGUUAUAUCCAUAACUGCUGUAUUACCAGAUGGAACUAUUAUCAAAACAAAGAAAAGACCAAGAAAAUCAUCAGCAGGUUACAAUUUAACAAAUUUAUUUGCUGGUAGUGAAGGUACAUUAGGUAUAGUAACUGAAGCCACAUUAAAAGUACAUCCAAAACCAAAAUCUGAAACUGUUGUUGUUGUACAAUUCCCAAGUAUAUCAGAUUCAACGAAAGCAGUUAGUCAAAUAUUUCGUAGUGGUAUUCAACCAACUGCAAUAGAAUUAUUAGAUACAAAUAUAAUGCAUUGUUUAAAUUAUUCAAAUUAUACAACAAGAAAAUGGUUAGAAUGUCCUACAUUAUUUUUCAAAAUAGGUGGAAUAAAUGAUGUAGUAGUUAAUGAAAGUGUAAAGAUUGUGAAAGAUAUUACUUCAAAUAAUAAUUCAUCAGAUUUUAUAUUUGCCGAAAAUAAAGAAGAAGGAGAAGAGUUAUUUUCAGCAAGAAAAAAUGCAUUUUAUUCAAUGAUUGAAUAUGGAAGAAAUGAAAUUGAUCCAGAUUGUAGAAUAUGGGUAACAGAUAUUGCUGUACCAUUAAGUAAAUUAUCAAAAGUUUUAUAUAAAGUGCAUCAAAUGAUUAAAGAUUCUGGAUUUUUUUCUAUAACAUUAGCACAUGCUGGAGAUGGUAAUUUUCAUGCUGAUAUUUUUUAUAAAAUAGAACAAAGGAAAGAAGUUGAAGCAAUGGUUAAUAAAUUUAUUGAAUUAGCUUUAAAAAAUGAAGGAACAUGUACAGGAGAACAUGGAGUUGGAAAUGCAAAAAGAAGUUAUUUAUUAUCGGAAUUAGGAGAUGAUACAAUAAGUUUAAUGAGAAAAUUGAAAUUAUCAAUAGAUCCAAAUAGAAUAAUGAAUCCUGAUAAAAUAUUUAAAAUAGAUCCAAAUGAUAUUGGUAAAUAUUAA